CCCCUGCCCAAAAUGCCAACGCGAAAUUCCCAGCCACCCUGUACCCGGUCAACGACGACGAACCCACUGGUUACUGUGACUAGCUUUCGCUGUCGUCAAGGGCGAAACAAGCAACGCUAUUUUUCUUUCCAUUUUCUUUUCCGUUUACGCCGUCCGCUCCUUCAGCUUCACAAGCAUCUCGCGCGCUCUUUCUUUACACGACUCCAACGCGUUUGCGACGCGGGCUCGGCCUUCCCAGCUCUCCAUUGUAGUCCAAAGGUCAACCAGGACAAUAGCGUAUAAUCUAGCGAUAGAGGGGCACCUCAGACACGAAAAUGCUCAAGACCUGGAAGAAGAAUAUAUCCUCAUACAGCCAAGAGUACGAAAACAUGGAAAACGAUUGGAAAGCCAGUAACGAAAAGAAGAAGGAAGCAUGGGCAGAACAAAGCCGACGCUCGCCGCAACCCGAAAUUGAAGAUGAUUGGGGUACCGUGCCCGUCUUCACAAGCAGCCAAGUGAAUGGCGCAGCAGAGCGUACCGCGGAGCAGAAUGAGGAUGUACCUAUGGUAGAGACUGUGUCUCCCUCACGACGGGUCAAAGUAGAACGCCAAAUCUCCUCGGCCGACGGGCGCGCCAGGUUCAAGGCGCUUGCAGACAUCACUGAAGCUACCCAACCGAAUGGCAAGAAACAGAAUGACUCCUCUAAAAAGAAGCGCAAGAGUGUCGAGUCUCCGGAGGAGGCGGUCCGCAAAAAGAGAAAAGCAAUCGACGGAUCUGCUUCCAACACUACUCCCGAAUCUUCAGCACAAGCAUCGAACAGUCGCUCCCGCACCUCAAAAGAAACCAGUGCUCCUGAGCAAACUGAGCCAGAGGAAUACGAGCUGCCCCCACUACGCGCAAGUCCUGAUGAGGCGGACGAGCAGCUCAAUCAACAGCAAGCUAUCGCCCGGAGCGCUCUUGCUGCCGAGCGCCUUGCGUCACCAGAGAAAGAAGUAGAGGAGAGCCAAGCCGACGAAAAUCAAACAGAAGAAACCCAAGCCGACGCCGCAACUACUUCGAGACGAUCGACUCGCAAGAAAGCCCGGCCUGCAUACACGGAAGAUGGAAACGGGGAAGGCGAGGAUGCUGAAGUAGAAAACGAUCUGCCAUCGCCGUCUGCCAUAACUCCGAAGCGUCGUCGGGCCCAGCCUGCUUCUCGAAAGCGUGCCCCAGCAAGGCAGCGACAAAAGCGCCAGGAGUCGGUCGAUGGCGAGGACAAUGAGCCACAAUGGGGAUAUCGUGAUGGCUCGGAUGUCGACGAGACUGUCGCAACUACCACCAAAUGGAAGCAAGGGAAGUUUAGCGAAGCUGAGUACGCGCAACUUGCACGUGCUCUCGAAUCUUACAGACUGUCUAUUGAUGUUGAUCAGCAGCAGUUAAACGCUAUGAUCCAUGCACCUGGAGGUGCGUCCGCCGGUGAACAACACAAGGCGAUGUGGGCUAGAGUUAUUGAAGCUAUCCCAGGACGCCACCGACAAAAGAUUAUCAAUAUUACCCGCAAGCGAUACCACAAUUUCGUCGCUCGCGGAACAUGGACAGAAGAGCAAGAUAUGGAGCUGGGUGAGCUCAUCAACACGCAUGGAACCAAGUGGUCAUUGAUCGGUAGCCUCGUCAAUCGACACCCUGAAGACCUCCGAGACCGUUAUCGUAACUACUUGAUCUGCGGUAACAAUCAGAUCAGGCAGGCGUGGACAGAGGAAGAGGAAGCGGAGUUGACAAAACACAUCAUUGCCUCACAAAAGACAAUUGAUGCCUGUCGGAGCAUGGACCCAUCAUUCGGGCGUAACAAGACUUAUGAGGAGUUGAUCGACUGGAAAGAGAUCUCGGCCCACAUGGGUUUGAGACGCAGCCGACUUCAAUGCCUCACCAAAUGGAAGUCAAUGCAUCUCCGAACGCACCCCUCGGACGUGGUUGUUUCAGCAGAGCCAGAUGCUACCAUCAGCUUCCGGCUGGAAAGUGCGCGCCGCCAGAUUGAGAAUAUGCCUGAUGAGGAGAAGUUCCGUUUCAUACUCGCCCUUGAUGGGACCCUAGUAACUAGUGACGACAAGAUCCCUUGGGGGCGUCUUGUCGACGCAGACUUCCGUUCGAAAUGGCAUCGCCCAACUUUGGCCCUUCUCUGGGAACGGCUCAGAGAGAGCGUGCCCUUCACGGAUGGGAGGAAGCAGACAACUCGUGACUGCGCGUCCUAUUUGAGAAAUUAUUACAACGAGAACCACCGAUUCCCCAAUGUCGUCGGGACAUCGUGGGAUGAUGAUGAUGAGAACGAGCUCAUCAAGAAGGUGGCAUACGUGGGAUCUUCAGUGCGUCCUUCUGCUCGACCCGUUAGCGAUGAAAAGGUAGCAGACUCAGAUGAGGAGAAGGACGAAGUUCCAGAGACCACAGCCAUGGAGAUCGACCCUGCUCUGGAAGACGAAAGCGAAGAGGCAACUGCUCUAGCUGCCACUCCAGCUAAGCGAACAUCGAUGGGCAAGCGUCCUGGUGGUCGCCGCCCUCAACGACCAUCUGAAAAGGCACCGUCGACUCCCACGAAGAAGCCCAGACGCAAAAGCAAGGGCAAGGCUGCUACACAGCCAGAAGAUGCUGAUUCAGACUAAGGCGCAAGACGUACUUUUGCUGGCCUUUGAAUCGACUCUAACACAUGCCACACGAAAAUGAACUGAGGAGUGAGAAUAAGGGGUAAUGCAUGGGAGUUCUUUCCAAUUUGCUAUUGUUUUCCUUUAUGGGGUUUUCUGCUUUUACAAAUGUUGCCCUCCUUGGCAGUGGGUGUUCCCUUUGCCUUCUCUAUUGUUUUGCAAUUUUAGGGAUAUAUUUGGCCGAACCGUGCAGGCUGUCGGCAGGGCAUUAGCUAGCGGUAUAGCUAUGUUGUUUAUUUUUGUUGAUUGUGCGUUUGUCUGAAUUGUAUUACUGUAUUUUACAGCCGAUAAGAGGCUCACAAAAUGCGGAGCAAAUGAUACUACAUAGAUAUGAUCAGACAAUAUAUGCAUUAAGAAAAGUAUAGUAAACGUAAAGAUGCUCAACGUGAAAUAUAGGAACCACAAAUAAUGGUGUGAACUGUAAAAUGUCUUCUUCCUACGGAUAUCAUACCAAUAAACACGGAAAGGACCAAAUAUCAAAGUGUACUUCCCCUGGUUUACAUUGCCAUUUCAGCCUGCAGUCUUCUAAUCUCUGCAUCUUCGUCGUCCUCUUCGAUCGCUUGUCGGUUCGAUACAGCUGCACCUUGCAAUUAGUAUGUACUGGGUAAAGCAGUAAAACUUGGUUGCCACUUACGUUCAGCGUUUGACGGCGUAGGCAUCUGGUGUACGGCAUCAGCAACCGGCACGCCGCCUGUCUUGAGCAUCUGCUCAUCAACAAACUCCUGCUGCAUUUGCUCAAGCUCGUCCUCGAGCUCGGUAUCGUCGACCUGGUUGCCAAGAGGAUUCUGAGUAAUAGCGUUGACGAUUUCUUCGGAGAGAGCGUUCUGGUCGCGCAGUUUGUCCCUGUAGAGUCACAUAUAUUAGUCUCACUGUCGAAAGGUUUGUUGCCUCAUAAGCGACAUACAUUGUUUCGUCGACCUUCUCGGGUGUCAAUUUGCCGUGAAUCUGCUGCAUAGCCUUGCUGGCCUUCUCCAUGGCAGCAAGGGUAGAGAAGUUGAUGUUUGCUGACUCGAUAGCAUUGAUUUGUUGGUCUAACGUGCCGAUUUGGUCUUCAGUCUGUUGGAGGGAGUGCUCGUGUGUCUUCUUUCUUCGGAGAGCGGCUUUGGCAGCUAUGUUGCAAACGGAGCGUUAGUAUGGCAGUUCACACGUUCGCGUGGAUGUUACAUGCGGGGACUUACCAUUCAUAUUCGAGGCACCGACAUGCUUGCGUGCCGCAGCAUCCUGCUCAUCGAUCUGGUUUUGUAGAUGGCGCUGGCGCUUCUGCAGCAUCUCCAGCUGCGAUCGCAGGUCUAGGAUAGCAUUCUUGGGUGCAUCCUUGCGGCUCUGGACGUUGCUGCCGCCAAACCAGCUCCACAUUUUGGACUUUGUACAGCUAGUGUUCUGUGAUUAUGUAUUCAGGAGCAGUGCUACUGAUGAGUUGUCUCAACGUCAAGGGCUUGGUUGCCUUGGCUUUUGGAUGUCGGAGGUGGACGGCGAUGGUGGGGUAGACCAGCGUUCGGCCGUUGACUGGAGGGCAAGCUAAAAUUUGGUUGCUGAUAGCUUCGUCGAUGGACGUAUAUAAAAGGUCAAGAAUUAUGCCCUAAUAAGAGAGCAGUGUCAUCGAGUAAGAAAUGUUGCAGCCUGGUGAAUAACGGCCAAGAGUGAUUGUAAAUGAGGGAGUUGACGUGGAUGACGGCAC